GCGACAUACACGGGCAGUACUCGGAUUUACUGCGCCUGUUCGAGUAUGGCGGCUUCCCUCCCGAGGCCAACUACCUUUUCAUGGGCGACUACGUGGAUCGCGGGAAGCAGAGCCUGGAAACCAUCUGCUUGCUGCUCGCGUACAAGAUCAAGUACCCGGAGAACUUUUUCCUCUUGCGGGGGAACCACGAGUGCGCGUCCAUCAAUCGCAUCUAUGGCUUCUACGACGAGUGCAAGCGAAGGUACAACAUCCGGCUGUGGAAGACGUUCACGGAGUGUUUCAACUGCCUGCCCGUGGCGGCGCUCAUAGACGAGAAGAUCCUCUGCAUGCACGGCGGCCUCUCUCCGGAGCUGCGCUCACUCGAGCAGAUCAAGAAGAUCGGACGGCCCACAGACGUCCCGGACGCGGGGCUGCUGUGCGAUCUCCUGUGGGCAGAUCCCGACAAGGAUAUCCAGGGGUGGGGGGACAACGACCGUGGCGUGUCCUACACGUUUGGUCCCGACGCCGUUACAGAGUUUCUGGACAAGCACGACCUUGACUUGGUGUGCCGAGCCCACCAGGUUGUGGAGGACGGCUAUGAGUUCUUUGCCAAGCGCCAACUCGUGACCGUCUUCUCAGCGCCCAACUAUUGCGGCGAGUUUGACAAUGCGGGGGCCAUGAUGAGUGUGGACGAGAGCCUCAUGUGCUCCUUCCAGAUCCUCAAACCCGCAGAGAAGAAGCCGAAAUUUGGCUACGGAGGCAAUGUGGGCGGUCGGGGGAUGAUGCGAGGGCGGGGGUAUGGAGGGAAAGCUGAAGAAGUCGCUGUACGCGAGCUAAAGAAGUCGUUGUACGCGGUGUUCUCGCAGUUCGGCAAGAUCCUCGACAUUGUCGCGCUCAAGACGCUGCGGCUGCGCGGGCAGGCGUGGGUGGUGUUCGAGGACGUCACGGCCGCCACCAACGCGCUGCGCCAGAUGCAGGGCUUCCCCUUCUAUGACAAGCCCAUGAGGAUCUCGUAUGCAAAGACCAAGUCGGACGUUGUUGCCAAGACAGAUGGCACGUUCGUGCCCAGAGAGAAGCGCAAGCGCCACGAGGAACGAGCCCGGCGUCGCCAGCAGCAGGAGCAUGCAGCAGCAGGGGCAGCAGGCGGCGGCCGCGCCCCUGCCACUGCUGCAGCCUAUGCUCAGGCCGGGACAAUCCCAGGGGCGAACGAGCCGCCCGCGCCGCCCAACAGCGUGCUCUUUGUGCAGAACCUGCCGGUGGAAACCACCCCGGCCAUGCUGCAGAUGCUGUUCCAGCAGUUUGCUGGGUUCAGAGAGGUGCGGAUGGUGGACGCCAAGCCGGGAAUCGCCUUUGUGGAGUUUAUAGACGAAGUGCAAGCCAGUGUGGCCUUGCGGGGGCUGCAGGGGUUCAAGAUCACGCCCACACACCCCAUGCUCGUCUCAUACGCCAAGAAAUAA